AUGGCUUCAAAUACGACGUCCCAGCCGCAACAGCAACAAUCCGAGUUCCAUACUGCCGCCAACCCGCACAUAGACCACAUCAACUACACUACAAGCGAGAAUCAAUUGGCGGGUCUGGUGCAAGCAGCUACUGCUGCUGCAGGUCAGGCAGACUCUGACUGGGCAACUGCUGCUGCUGCCGCUGCCGCCGCAGGCCACCACCAUCUCGAAAAUUACUCGACGGAUCUACAUUUACCGGACGAUGGAUUCGACGAGAGCGCUUUUGGGACCCUCAGCUCUCCUGCGAAUACGGGACGACAGAAUCGCGCAUCGAUAGCUAAUGGACAAACUGGGCAGGGGUUGUCGCGCGCAGUUUCAAAGAAGCGCAAGCGAGGGGAUGAGGCGCUUGAUCCGGCGUUGACUGGGAUGGCGGACCAGAAUGAGCAGCACCAACAGCAGGCGCAACAACAAGUGUUUGAUGGAAGUGAGUUUGGGGAAUUGCCACGAUCGCAGUCGCAGUUGGCGGAUGCGCGGGCUGCUGGGGUCCAUUCGGCAGCAGCCUUGUUCCGCCAACCGUCCAGUAAUAAGAAAUAUACGCGACCGCCAAUGUCCCGCCUAUAUGCGUCGCUCGAGCUGUCGCCUGAAAACUUCCUCCAUCUACAGGCGGCCGCUAAGAAUUACAUGCUGGAUGACGCUCAUCCGGAUCGACGAGACUGUGUCGGUCAGCGCGGAAAGGGCGACACCGAGUUGGUCAAGUUGCGACUAUGGAAUUGUGUGCGCGACUUUCUCGAGACUGAGGGAUACGGUGAGCGGUAUUUUGGCGAAAAUGUUGUCAAUGAAGGAAUGCCACCUAGACAGUAUAUCUGGCCGCGUGAUCAACAUAAAAUCAUAUCGCUUGUGAUUCCACUGCUUCGGCGCAUGGUUACAAACGAACGCCAGAGACAGUAUGCCAUCGAGACGCGAAAGGGUGGUGCUAGCACUCAGCCCGAGGAUGGUAAGCGACGAAAGACGGAAGAAAUCAUGCAGAACGUGGAGUCCGGAGAACAAACGCCGACGGAGUCGCAGCAGCCUCGGCCUCAGCCCGAACAGGCACCUGCAGUUCCGCAACAUGAUCAUCAACAAGAUCAUCAGCAUGCGCAGAAUCAUUAUGUACCGCCGCCUCCUCCUUUGCCUCAUCAUAUCUUUUCUGACAAUCAUCAACAACUGGGUAUACACUUAUCGCCGCUUGUCCUAGACGGGUAUCCAACGGACUGGGACGCAGUUUCACAAGCAUACAACGUGUAUAAUCAAAACUAUCAGCUGGACACAUUAUGGGGAGUAUCUGGACUGCAGCAACAAGACUGGUGGGGACUUGUUGCGGCGGUGGACAGUCACUGGAAAGUGAUCCAUAAUGGCAAUCCCACGCAGUGUGCACCGCAGUGUGAAAGUUACCACAUUAAUCAAAUCUUGACGUCGACCGAGAUUUCUCAGCUGGAUUGGCGCAUUGGUGGUAGCGCCAGUGCUACUGCUCGGACUGAAUUUGCAAACUCUGUUACUCGCGACCUCGAUCGGAUCAUCAAGGAGAGUCUCAUCCACAAGCAAGAAAAUGCUGGCAGAGAACCCGAGCAGACCCAAACAACCGAACACGCUCCGUUCUUGUCCGCAAUGCACCAGCCCGCAUACGGCGCACACUCAGCUCAAGACCAACAUCCGAACCCACACGACACUUCCCCCAUCACCUUACGCUUGAACGUCAUCCACGACAGCAAACGCGUUGUCCCGCGCCUCGACGUCACAGCCGAACAAUGCCCGGAUCUCGCCAGCGUCUGCAAUCUGAUUGCUCACCGCUGGUCCGGUCAAUUGCCGGCAUCUACAUGCGACGAGAACGGGAACGUCGAUACGUCAAACUGGAAAGUCCAGGUGUGGCUACCAGAGGGAUUAGUGAACGCGGAUAAUGAUGGUGAUUGGACGAUAGCACAGUUGUCGGCGGGGACGAUUGAUUGGAUGGAUAAUGAUCUGAGGGUGGUUAUUGAUUUGGGAUCGUAG